AUGUGGUAUGAAUUUUACUACGAUUCAUUCCUAGAAGGUCAAUACACCUUUCGAAUCGCCGAGAUGCAUCGGAAAUAUGGCCCAAUCGUGCGAAUCAGCCCUUACGAGCUACACAUUGACGAUCCUGAAUAUUAUGAAACACUGUACUCUCGAGAUACCCCGCGAAAUAAGUCAUUACAUUUGACAGGGAUGUUUGGGGCACCAGCUUCCGCAUUCGGCUCAGUCGACUAUCGGUGUCAUCGGAUGCGGCGUCAACCAAUGAAUCCAUUCUUUUCUCAGCAACGAAUCCGACGUCUGGAGCCAAUGCUUCGGGGCAUGGUUGACAAAUUGUGCAAUGGGAUGCGCGUCUGGAAGGAUAGACAUGCUCCACUACAUGUGUACCACGCGUUUAAUGCUUUCACCACAGACGUGGUCGUGGAAUACACCAUGGGAGAAUCUUUUCACUAUCUUGAUGACCCUGAUUUCAGCCCACAAUGGUCCAAAACAAUUCAGGCCAUCGUGCACGCGGGCAUGCAAUUCAAACAAUUCCGCUGGGUCAUAAGUCUGUUUGAGCUGCUCCCGCGAUGGCUCGUCGUUAGCAUCAAUCCUGACAUCGGGCUGGUUGUCGACCAGAAAAUUGAGAGUAUGCGCCUAGCUAGCUUAGUCAUCGAUAGCCAAAGCCCCGACAGCAUUUCCAAAGGCGACAGAGCAAGUGUGCCCAAAGGCACAUUAUUUCAUGCUUUUCUGGAGAGCACGCUCCCACCAGAAGAGAAGGCAGCUGAUCGCUUAAGCCAAGAGGUUUUCACUGUUGUUGUGGCUGGUGGAGAAACGACUGCCAAAAAUCUGGCCACAAUCACGUUCCACCUCCUAAAUAAUCCGAAAAAGCUUCAGAAACUACGGGAGGAACUGAAUCGGCUGGAUCCAGAUGGGACGGCGUCAUUAGUGGAAUAUGAGGCAAUGCCCUACCUGAAGGUCUUAGGGCUCAUUGGCUGUGAGGAAGCGCAAGUCUUACAUCGCUGGGCUCGUGGCAGCGACAGCCGUGGUCACGGAGGGUCUGGAGUCCUUGGUUUCGCAGAGCCCAUCCUGCGAGGCACACUUGAUAACGCAGAGCCCAUCCUGCGGGGUAGUCUUGUUGACGCAGACCUAUCCUGCGAGGUAGUCUUGUUGACGCAGCACCUCCCUGCGAGGAUUGUUGUUGACGCAGACCUAUCCUGCGAGGUAGUCUUGUUGACGCAGCACCUCCCUGCGAGGAUU